AUGACCUACCUGAGGGAAGGCUGUCACACUAUGAACCAAAAGAAGUCAUUUGAUAAUGAUAUACCAGAUGAAAGAAUUAUAGUCAGGCCUAUAGUUAGACUGGUUUAUGACCUCCCCUCACCCCAUGUGCUGGUCCCCACACAGGUCAUCGUCGUCGUUCUUACAGUAGCCGCCAGCACCUUGGCGGUGGAUCUCUACCGUCCUCUCUACGCGUCCGCACCCUUCCACCCUACGGCCGCACCCUACCGCCCACCAAUUCAGGUCUACAAGCCAGAGCCCGUCUACAAGCCAGAGCCCGUCUACAAGCCAGAGCCCGUCUACAAGCCAGAGCCCGUUUAUAAGCCAGAACCCGUCUACAAGCCAGUGGCAGCUUAUCGCCCUGGACCUGUCUACAAAGAAGAAGCCAAGCCAUACGCCUUCGACUACGGUGUCCGGGACGACUACUCCGGCGCCAACUUCGGCCACUCUGAGAACUCCGACGGGAAGGCUGUGAAGGGUUCGUACUCCGUGGCGCUGCCCGACGGACGCAUCCAGACCGUCAACUACGUCGCCGACGAAUACAACGGCUACCAGGCCCAGGUCACCUACGAGGGCGAGCCUAUUUACCCGGAAUAUAAGCCAGCCUACAACCCACCGCCCGUGUACAAACCUGCCCCAAAGCCCUACCAGGCACCCAAGCCGGUGUACCCUACGCCAGCACCCUAUGUGCCCCCUCGCCACCAUGCAACGCCAGUGUACCCAAUCUAUCUAUAGAUAUCUGUCGCCGCUCGGCGUAGCUCUAGCCUGUAGCCGCUCGGCGUAGCUCUAUUGCCUGUAGCCGCUCGGCGUAGCUCUAGCCUGUAGCCGCUCGGCGUAGCUCUAGCCUGUAGCCGCCCGGCGUAGCUCUAGCCUGUAGCCGCUCGGCGUAGAUCUAGCCUGUAGCCGCUCGGCGUAGCUCUAGCCUGUAGCCGCCCGGCGUAGCUCUAGCCUGUAGCAGCCCGGCGUAGCUCUAGCCUGUAGCAGCCAGGCGUAGCUCUAGCCUGUAGCUGCCCGGCGUAGCUCUAGCCUGUAGCCGCCCGGCGUAGCUCUAGCCUGUAGCAGCCCGGCGUAGCUCUAGCCUGUAGCCGCCCGGCGUAGCUCUAGCCUGUAGCAGCCCGGCGUAGCUCUAGCCUGUAGCCGCCCGGCGUAGCUCUAGCCUGUAGCUGCCCGUCGUAGCUCUAGCCUGUAGCAGCCCGGCGUAGCUCUAGCCUGUAGCAGCCAGGCGUAGCUCUAGCCUGUAGCUGCCCGGCGUAGCUCUAGCCUGUAGCUGCCCGGCGUAGCUCUAGCCUGUAGCAGCCCGGCGUAGCUCUAGCCUGUAGCUGCCCGGCGUAGCUCUAGCCUGUAGCCGGCCGGCGUAGCUCUAGCCUGUAGCUGCCCGGCGUAGCUCUAGCCUGUAGCUGCCCGGCGUAGCUGUAGCCGCUCGGCGUAGCUCUAGCCUGUAGCCGGCCGGCGUAGCUCUAGCCUGUAGCUGCCCGGCGUAGCUCUAGCCUGUAGCCGCCCGGCGUAGCUCUAGCCUGUAGCCGCCUCUAUGUACAUGUUUAAGCUCCUUUAAGCGUCCCUUCAAUACUGUCCGCUUAGUUCUCAAGACUUUCGCUGUAUUCUUCUGCUUAAUGACUGUGUUAAACUUAGAUAUUCUUUCGUCAAAUAUUAUUGGACUAAUACGCUACCUUCACGAAGGCAGGUUCUAGCCUAGGUAAUGCACCUUGGUCAGAACCGCCCUUACCUUACCUUGCUCGGCCCUGGGUGCUUGGUGGCACCUUGGUCAGAACCGCCCUGGGUGCUGGUGGCAUCUUGGCCAGAAGUUCUACUCCCCAAGCCCGGCCCGAGGCCAGAGUUGACUUGUGAGAGCUUGGUCCACCAGGCUGUUGCUUGGAGCAGCCCGCAGGCCCACAU